AUUGGCCUGGGGGGUAGUGUCACGAGUCACGAUCGGAUCAGUACAAAAUCUGGUUGCUUAUGCUAUGUAUAUGUUCAUAUUUGUUUCAUAAUCAGAGUUAACAUUGGAAGCAGCGAGUGUGUGUGAGAGAAAGAUACCCAUUACAAAUUACAAUACAGAGAAGCCAUUACCAAAGCGAAAUCUAAAACCAGAGGGGACAGAGAUACAAAAGGGAGUGUGCACCAAAGCAAUAAAACAAAAGUGUCUAUAAAAUUCAUCCUGGUUUCUCUGGAUUCUUAAUUUUCUUUUCUUCUUUGUUGUGUUGUUGUUGCCCUCAACAAGAAGGAGGUACUUGUCAUUGCAUCUUCGAAAGCUCUUCUUCCUUUUCUCAUUCCCUUUGAUCUGAAGCCUCUCCCCAAUCUUUCGCUCUUUCGUGUUGCUUCCUGCAUUGAUCUAAAUGGGAUUUUGUUUUUCCUUUCUCAAUUUCCAUUGGGGUUUGUGUUUGCUGAAUUGGAGGGAGAUUCACUCAAUGAUUUUCUCUACACCAAUUUGAAUGAUGUUGGAAUAACGAACUUGGAUUGGUUUUUGGGUGUAUUCAUAGAGGAUUUGCACUUUAAGCAUUGAGCUUAUUGGUUAGAGAAUGUCCAGACCUCUGCACAGAGGGGUAUCUAUUCGGAUCCCUGAUAGCAACAACAAUGACUUAUGGGACUCUCAAUCCAAAGAUAAAUCAGAAAAGGAAGGUUUGGAUAGAAGAGGUUCCUCUGGUCACCCCUCACCCUUGAGGUCUCCCUUUAGGUUGCUUUUUUCGGAUAAUUCUAAUUCCAAAUACGGCAUCAGUGAGAAUGGUUUCUCAUCUGAUCCCUUCAUUAUUGGCACUCCAAGAAGUAGGCUCAAGUUGGUUCUUCUUUUCUUGAGGUUUAGUUUAGUGUUUAUAGUUAUUCUUGCUCUUGCUGGAUCUUUUUGGUGGACAAUAUCGAUUUCAACUGCAUCAAGAGGUCACAUUUACCAUGGUUAUAGAAGACUCCAAGAGAAACUUGUAUCUGACCUGUUGGAUAUUGGGGAGAUUUCUUAUGCUCCCUCAAGGCUGAAAGAAUUGGAAUUCUGUUCUGAGGAGUUUGAAAAUUAUGUUCCUUGCUUUAAUGUUUCUGACAAUCUAGCUCUUGGUUUUUCUGAUGGAAAUGAGUUUGACCGGCAAUGUCGUCAUGAGCUCAGGCAAAAUUGUUUAGUUCUCUCUCCACCAAAUUACAAGAUUCCUCUUAGGUGGCCUACUGGAAGGGAUAUUAUCUGGAUUGCUAAUACUAAAAUCACUGCACAGGAGGUUCUUUCUUCUGGAAGCUUUACCAAAAGGAUGAUGAUGCUUGAUGAAGAGCAAAUUUCCUUUCGUUCAGCCUCUCUCAUGUUUGAUGGUGUUGAAGACUACUCACAUCAAAUCGCAGAAAUGAUUGGACUCAGAAAUGAAUCUAGCUUCAUACAAGCUGGGGUUAGAACCAUACUGGACAUUGGCUGUGGUUACGGUAGCUUUGGAGCACACCUCUUUCAGAGUCAGCUUUUAACUAUGUGCAUUGCAAGCUAUGAGCCUUCUGGCAGUCAAGUUCAGCUUACACUUGAGAGGGGUCUUCCUGCUAUGGUUGCUUCUUUCACUUCAAAACAAUUGCCUUACCCAUCUCUCUCCUUUGACAUGUUGCAUUGUGCAAGAUGUGGCAUUGAUUGGGACCGAAAAGAUGGCAUUCUCAUGAUUGAAGCUGAUAGACUUUUACGACCGGGGGGCUACUUUGUCUGGACUUCACCACUUACAAAUGCUCGUGACAAAGACAGUCAGAAAAGAUGGAAGAUCAUACAAAGUUUUGCUGAAAACCUUUGCUGGGAUAUGCUGUCUCAGCAAGAUGAAACUGUUGUAUGGAAGAAAACUAUUAAAAGGAAUUGCUAUAGUUCAAGAAAGAAUAGUUCUCCCCCUCCUUUAUGUGGCAAAGGCUAUGAUGUGGAGUCUCCGUAUUAUCGAGAACUGCAAAACUGCAUAGGAGGAACACAUAGCAGCCGCUGGAUUUCUGUCAAAGAGAGGCAAACUUGGCCUUCCAGAGAUCACUUGAACAAGAAGGAGCUUGCAAUCUUUGGGCUGCAAUCUGAUGAAUUUGCUGAAGACUCUGAAAGCUGGAAAGCAGCAGUUCGUAAUUAUUGGUCUCUUCUGUCACCUUUAAUAUUUUCUGAUCAUCCUAAGAGACCUGGUGAUGAGGACCCUCCACCACCUUAUAACAUGCUAAGAAAUGUACUAGACAUGAAUGCUCAUGUCGGUGGUUUUAAUUCUGCAUUGGUGCAAGCUGGAAAAUCCUUAUGGGUAAUGAAUGUGGUCCCUCUGAGUGGACUCAACUAUCUUCCCUUGAUCCAGGACCGAGGUUAUGUUGGCGUUUUGCACGAUUGGUGUGAGGCCUUCCCAACGUAUCCUAGAACCUAUGACUUGGUGCAUGCAGCUGGACUUUUAUCCCUUGAAUUUGCUCAGCAGCGCAGAUGUACCAUGCUUGACAUCUUCAUUGAAAUUGACAGGUUACUCCGUCCAGAGGGUUGGAUUAUAAUUCGUGACAUAGUUCCUUUAAUAGAGUCAGCCAGAGCUCUAACAACAAGGCUAAAAUGGGAUGCGCGAGUUGUAGAAAUAGAAAGUGACAGCGAUCAAAGACUCCUGAUCUGUCAAAAACCUUUAUUUAAGAGACAAGCAAAUUAAUUCAUUCAUGCCCUGAAGAAAUUAGACCAUAAUAUUCAUAUAUUCAUUUUCAUAAUGUUCAUUUAUUAUCAUAAUGCUCCGCCAUAGAAAGUGGGGAUUGAAAAUUUUGGACAGAAAAAGAAAGCCGGAACAAAAACAAUAGAGGAAAGAGUGAAUUCUCGUCAAUGAUACCACCACAACUCCUAUGUAGCCGUAAGGCAUAUACAUAGGGCCUUGCAACUAUCAAACGAGGAGUAGAGCAGAACAGAGGAAGAAGUAUACUGGUAGAUUUCAUUUUUCAUGUGAUGUCUGAUUGCAGUUACACAGACACAUGAGGAUUAAGAUUGGGAAAGAUGGUGAUAGAAUAAGUUAUAUAUUUAUGUUUUGUUUGCUGUAGUGUAUAAAAUGCUCAGCGGUUAAUGCCCCCCCCCCCCCCCCCCCCAUAUUCGUAUAGAAGAAUUAUUUUUCUGCUCUCAUUGAUUUCAUGGGUUCUUUAAUAUCUCCUGUAAUGUAACGGCCCGGCAAAACUAUAUUUUGAUAAAUCUUGUCAAUGUUUAUAACGUGAAAUCAAAAGUCACAUUCUCCAUCA